AUGGAGAGGAAGAAGAAGGGGUGGUUCGAGCGCAUCAAGAGGCUCUUCAUCUCCGAGCCCAAGCAGAAACCCAAGCCAGACAAGAAGGUGAAGAGCAAGAGAUGGCUGGUAGGGAAGCUCAAGACCCAGCACUCGUUUGCCCUGCCAGCUCCGGAGCCGGAGCCGGCGACGGGUCAGAUUCAGAUCAGGCACGCGGAGGAGGAGCAGAGCAAGCACGCGGUGGCGGUCGCGCUCGCCUCCGCAGCGGCCGCAGAGGCGGCCGUCGCGGCCGCCCACGCGGCCGCGGAGGUGGUCCGCCUCACAGGACCCCCCUCGCCGGCGCCGGCGCGUGAGGACCCCGCGUCUUCCGGCCACGAGCUGUUCGCCGCCGUCGCGAUUCAGUCAGCCUACCGCGGAUACCUCGCGCGGAGGGCACUGCGCGCGCUCAAGGGCCUGGUGAGGUUGCAGGCGGUGAUCCGCGGGCAGGCGGUGCGGCGGCAGACGGCGACGACGCUGCGGGGCCUCGAGUCGCUGGUGAAGAUCCAGGCCCGGCAGCGCGCCAGGGCCGACGUCGAGCACGAGCAGGAGCAUUCCCACGACGGCAUGGACGCCCUGCUGAGGAGAGGCCGGGAGCUGUACGCCGCCGCGCUGCAAGAGGAGCAGCAGCAGAGCAGCCGGGGGUGGGACGGCAGCACCCUCUCCAAGGAAGAGAUGGGCGCCGUGAUGAGGAGCAGGGAGGAAGCCGCCAUCAAGCGCGUGCGCGCGCUGCAGUACGCCUCCAUCCAAAACGAGAAGAUCGGCAUCAGGAGGCAGCCCAUGUCCAGGGACGAGAUGGAGACGCUCAACCAGCGCUGGAGCUGGCUGGAGGAGUGGGUCGGUUCGCAGCCCUUCGACAAGGACGUGGCCGUCGACGUGGUCACCCACCCCCACCCGCCGCCGCCUCGCUCCAGGGACUCCCUUGCCUGCCUCGAGGACGACGACGACCGCGAUGACGACGGCUACGGCAGGCGGCUCGGCUACUCGUCCAGGCGGUCCUUCGGCCGCGCCAGGCGCACGCCAGGGAGGGGGAGCAUCGACGAUGGGCUGCAGGCCUGCUCGCCGGCAGUGGCUUUCCCGGGGUACAUGGCGUCCACGGCGUCCGCCAAGGCCAAGUUCCGGUCCAUGAGCACGCCCAAGGAGCGCUUCGCCGUGCCAUCCGACGCAUACUCGGAGCAGUGCUUCGCCGACCGCCUCAUGUCACCCAUCCCGUCCAUGUCGCCGAUGCCGUCCAUCGCCAGCGACAUGGGCUUUGCUCGCUCCAGCAGGCCGCCGGUUGCGCAGCGUUCGCCGCGCGUCAAGGGGGGACCGAUGACGCCGUCGAGGAUCCGCUCCAGGAGGUCCCCGAGCCGCCACAGCUUCGGCUCUGAAGCCGCGCUGCACCAGAUCCAGAUGGAGCACUACACCCCUAUUCGCUAG